UAUUUUAACAAAAAAAUGGACACAUCCAUUUUCCUCACAGUUAGCCCAUCCGUUGCCCAACCGAAAGUACUCUUCUCCCCGUUUCUUCCCCCAAACCCACUCCGCCUUUCCACCACACUAGCUUACCACCAGAGCCGUCGCCGCCGCCGCCGCCGUUACCGUAUAUCCACAAUCCGCUCCGCCAGCAUACCCACCUCACUGUCCGCGUCAUCAUCUUCAGACCAGCCCAUCAAGGCCAUUGAGCCGGAUGUAUUUGGGGGAAAGAAAGAGCUCACGGGCUUCCAAGCCCUGGUGGAUGCAAUGUCGCCGACCGUGAGAAUUGCAAGCUCAGCCCUUAUAUUUGCUGGUGCUAUUGCUGCUGGAUAUGGACUUGGGUCCAAGUUUGGUGGGUCCCGCAACGUGGCCAUGGGUGGGGCCGUGGCUCUUGGCACUGCUGGUGCUGGAGUGGCCUACGCAUUGAAUUCUUGCGUUCCUGAAGUUGCUGCUGUCAAUUUGCAUAAUUAUGUGGCUGAUUUUGAUGACCCUGCUGUCUUGAACAAGGAAGAUAUUGAAGCAAUAGCAAAUAGAUAUGGUAUUAGCAAACAAAAUGAAGCCUUCAAUACAGAGCUUUGUGAUAUAUAUUGCAGAUAUGUAUCUUCCAUCCUUCCUCCGGGAAAUGAAGAUCUCAAAGGUGACGAAGUUGAAACAAUCAUCAAGUUUAAGAAUGCAUUGGGUAUCGAUGAUCCAGAUGCAGCAGCUAUGCACAUGCAGAUUGGUAGGCGAAUUUUCAGACAAAGGCUUGAAGCUGCAGACCGUGAUGCUGAUCUGGAGCAGCGUCGGGAAUUUCAGAAGUUGAUAUAUGUUUCAACUCUUGUGUUUGGGGAGGCAUCUUCUUUCCUUUUACCUUGGAAACGAGUUUUCAAAGUCACUGAUGCACAGGUUGAACUUGCUGUUAGAGACAAUGCACAGCGGUUGUAUGGCUUCAAGGUUAAAUCAAUUGGUCAAGGUCUGGCUUUUGAUCCUUAUGAAAUCAAAGGCUGCCAUCUAAGCUUGGAAGGAUCAAAAGAUAUUAAUGUUGACCAGCUGGUUGGCCUCCGAGAAGCACAGCUUGCAUAUCGCCUUUCAGAUGAGCUUGCUGAGAAUAUGUUUAAAGAGCUUACAAGGAAGCCUGUAGAUGAGAAUAUAUCAACUGCUCUUAACAUAUUAAAAUCCAGGACAAGAGCAUCGGAAGCAACUCGUAUUGUUGAAGAGCUGAAUAAGGUGCUGAAAUUUAAUAACUUGCUUAUUUCGCUGAAGAACCAUCCUGAAGCCAACCGUUUUGCUCGGGGAGUUGGGCCAGUUUCUUUGUUAGGUGGGGAGUAUGACUCUGACAGAAAAAUAGAUGACCUAAAGCUCCUAUACAGAGCCUAUGUCUGGGACUCAUUAUCAAGCGGUCGGAUGGAAGAAGAUAAGCUCACUGCACUGAACCAGUUGAGGAAUAUUUUCGGUUUAGGUAUGCGAGAAGCAGAAUCCAUUAAACUGGAGGUUACCUCAAAAGUGUAUCGCAGGCAACUUGCUCAAGCUGUAUCUAGUGGUGACUUAGCUGCUGCUGAUAGUAAAGCAGCUUAUCUUCAGAACCUCUGUGAAGAGUUGCAGUUUGAUGCGGAGAAGGCUGUUGAGAUCCAUGAAGAAAUCUACCGGCAAAAGCUUCAGCAAGCUGUAGCUGAUGGAGCACUAAGUGACGAGGAUGUUAAAGUGUUGGAAAAGUUACAGAUUAUGUUCUGCAUUCCAAGGGAAACAGUUGAAGCAGCUCAUGCAGACAUCUGUGGUAGCUUAUUUGAGAAGGUUGUUAAGGAAGCAAUUGCCGCUGGAGUCGAUGGAUAUGAUGCUGAAAUCAAGAAAGCUGUGAGAAAGGCUGCAUUUGGUUUAUGCUUACCUAGAGAGGUUGCUAUGAAUAUAGCUAGCAAGGCAGUCCGUAAGAUCUUUAUUAGUUACAUCCAAAGAGCACGAGCAGCUGGUAGCCGCACGGAAUCUGCAAAAGAGCUCAAAAAGAUGAUAGCUUUCAACAGCUUGGUUGUGACAGAAUUAGUGGCAGAUAUUAAAGGCGAGUCAUCUGAUACUCCACCUGCAGAGCCCCCUGUGGAAAAGGGAGAAAAAGUGGUUGAUGAGGGCGAGGAUGAGGAAUGGGAGUCGUUGCAGUCACUUAGGAAAGUAAGACCUGGUAAAGAAAGUUUGGCAAAGAAAGGCCAGACUGAGAUAAACCUUAAAGAUGACCUACCAGAAAGGGACAGAACUGAUCUUUAUAAGACAUAUCUGCUUUAUUGUAUGACUGGAGUAGUGAAUAUCCCUCUGGGUACCCAAUUCACCACAAAGAAGGGUGAUUCUGAAUAUGCAUUGCUGAACCAACUGGGAGGCAUACUUGGCUUGACUUCUAAGGAGAUUGUUGAAGUACAUAGAAGCUUAGCGGAGCAGGCCUUUAGGCAAAAAGCAGAGGUGAUUUUAGCAGAUGGACAAUUGACAAAAGCCCGAAUUGAGCAGCUCAACGAGUUGCAGAAGGAUGUUGGCCUGCCGCCUCAGUAUGCACAAAAGAUUAUAAAGGGCAUUACAACAACCAAAAUGGCAGCAGCUCUCGAAACGGCUGUUGCACAGGGGAGGCUUAGCAUAAAGGAAAUUAGGGAACUGAGAGAGGCUGGUGUUUGAAUUGGAUACCAUGAUUUCCAAGAGCUUAAGAGAGAAUUGUAAACGCCAAAUUUUUGUCAAAUUUUAAUGUUUUCUUGAAUUUUUUUUAUUUAA